CAGUGAUGUAACUACAGCGACCUAGGAUUUCCUCAGGAAUUGUCCUACAGCUCUUCAAGGUCUGUCUGAGCUCAGAUCCGGUAGCGGCGUGAGCAUAAAACGGCUCACGUUCUCUUCCUCAAGCAUUCAUCCUCAGAUCCCUCGUGGUCUCCGAGACAUCCUGAGACAUCCUGAGACAUCCUGAGAUAGCAGGAGACAGCCCGAAAAGACAGCUUCGGUCUGAACUUUGCUCACAGUGAGACAUCUUCCUGAUAUACAAGUUCCCACUACUACUGAGACUUUGAGCAGAAAGCACCAUGUGGGCAAGAUUUCUCAUCCUGGCACUGGCCAGUGCGCUACUCAUCGUCACCAGUGCCGAACCCGGCCUCUCUGGGCGCAAAACUGGCUUAAAACCGGUCCUAGACAAAACCCUAUCAACCGAAACUGUCCGCGAUGUUGGCGAAAAUGGAACCAAUGAUGAUGAUGAUGACGGUGUCUAUGACCCAGAUACAGUUGUAGAAGGCAUCCGGCUUGGAGAUCUGAGUCCUAAGGAACUUUAUCUGCUUCUGGAUGACGUAGAUAACGCCAUCGUCUCGGAGUUGGACAUUUUGGUGUUAAAAAAGCAGUUGGAGGAGAGAGCGGCGUCGGCGGCGACUUCACGCUCAGCCGAAGACAGCGCGGCGACUUCACGCUCAGCCGAAGACAGCGCGGCAACUUCACGCCAAGCGGAGCGACCCAGCGCUCACCAAGACGACGAGGCCGGAUCUACCAGGAAGAAGCGGUGGGGGCGGCUGGCGUCGGCAGUGAGAGGUAUCUUCCGUGGCUCCAGAAGAGCCCCGCGACCCACAAGAAGCGGCACGCGCGUGACGCGAGAGUACAACAGGCGGGGGAAUUACCAGGACGCCCAGCGACAUUUUGACCGCCUCAACCCCAGAGACCAGUCGAGCUUCCAGGGACAGAUUAGCGGGCGAAGCGGUCGUCUUGGCAACCACAGAGUAACUGUGAGAGACGGCAGUAGCGGCGCCAACUCCAGACCCACGCUGGAGAUCCGCACCCCACGGCCAGACGGCACCACAUAUGUGCGCAAGUUUCGAUACAACGACCCACAAUAAGCUCAACAUGGCAUACGCUAAAACAGCACACACACAUGGAUGGCUGGUUCCUUUAUAAACAUAUCACUGAUAGUCAGGUCAGAUCAAUAUUAUGGGGACAGAUAAUGCCAUUCAUAAAGUCGACAAGAUAGUGUCCAUGGAAAGCGCUGAAAAAAGAACAACAUUUACAAUUUUUGGAUUUUGCCGAACAGUAAAUGGAUUUUAUACCCAGUAAAUGGAUUUUAUACCCAUCCCCUCCCUUCUUUAAUUCCAAACUUUAAAAAAAAGAACAUUCUUUGGAGUCAAUUGC